UUCAACACUGGGAGUGUCUGCUCAGUUUCUUCUUAGCUCUUUAGUGUGCCACACUAGAGCUCUCUUUUCCUAAAUCAAAAUGAAGUUAAUCUUACUGAGUCUUUAUCUGCUUGCAUCUGUCAGAGGAGCACCACCUGGUCAGCCUGAUAACCUUCUUGACUCUGUAGACAACCAAGGUUCUGUUCAGCAACUUUCAAGUGAGUAUUUCUCACUUGCAAACCCUUCAGAUAGCGAGGCUUUAUAUGAAACUCCCUCGAGUGAGAAAGCUCUGACUGAUCAUAGUUCAAGUGACCAUGAGUCAAGUGAGCAUGCUACAGGUGAACACGCUUCGGGUGAACACACUUCAGGUGAACACGCUUCGGGUGAACAUGCUUCGGGUGAGCACACUUCAGGAGAACAGACUUCAGAACACAUUUCGGGUGAGCACAUCACAAGCGAGCACACUUCCGGCGAGCACACUUCCGGCGAGCACACUUCCAGCGAACACACUUCAGGUGAACAAUCUUCAAGUGAAUCGAGUGAACAGCCUUCAGAAUCAUCUUCAGUUGAACAAGUUUCAGGUGAAAAGACUGAGGAGUUGGACGAACAGACUUCUGCUGAUGGGAGUUCAAGCACACCAUUUCCAAGCACAUCUUCAAGCAUAGCAAUAAAUUGCCACACAUGUACAUAUAUGAAUGAUGAUGGAAAAUGUCUCCGUGGAGAAGGAGUAUGCACCACUCAAAAUUCCCAGCAGUGCAUGUUAAAGAAGAUCUUUGAAGGCGGAAAACUCCAGUUCAUGGUUCAAGGGUGUGAGAACAUGUGCCCAUCUAUGAACCUCUUCUCUCAUGGAACAAGAAUGCAAAUUAUAUGCUGUCGGAAUGAACCUCUCUGCAACAAGACCUAACAGCCGGUGCCCCCCAUGUCUUGCUCUGACUCAGGCUGCUUCACCACUCUUUGCUCAAUUCGUAUUCAGCUUCAAC